AUGGAGGCCGAGUCGCAGCCCUCCGGAUGCUGCGGUUCGCGGAAGAUGACGUGGCGCUGGCUGCAGCGGCAGGUGCUGGAUCAUUUCCUCGAGCUGGGUUUGGUUGUUGCCACAGUCGUGGCGCUGGUCUGGCCGCGCCCUGGCACUGACCUGUCUCAGCACAAGGUGGGAAGUUUCAGCAUCGCCCAGACUGUCAACAUCUGCACCUAUUUCGCUGCCUCUGGUCUCUCUGUCGACACUCGAGACAUCACUUCUGCCAUCACAGCAUAUCGUUCCAUAGCAUAUGGCCUCAUAGCUAUUCUUGUCAUCACCCCCACGCUGGGCUUUGGGAUCGUCAUGCUGCCCUUUGAACCCAUGGACUUUGCCGCGGGACUUGCAAUUUUUGUUGCCAUGCCAACAACACUGUGUUCAGGGGUGGCUAUGGUGGGCAAGGCGCGGGGCAAUGCAGCUCUGGCACUGUUGCUAACGAUCGGCAGCACCUUGGCUGGGGUCGCGACGGUACCAUUCCUCAUCAACCUGAUCACUGUUCAUGGCCACAAUGUGCACAUCGACACACUGCCUCUGCUGCUGAAGCUCCUGUCGACGAUCUUGCUGCCUCUCUUCGUGGCCAUGGUAUUGAGGGAGCUGCCUGUGUUGCAAAGCCUGGUAAAGGCACAAACCCAGAUGGUAAACCUGCUCGCCAAUGCCAAUAUGACGCUGCUCGUUUGGCAGAUGCUGAGCCGGUCUCGUGACCAAAUCGUGGAACCUGGUCGUUGUAUGGAUGUGGGGAUCAUUAUCGUGGCAGCAGUGGGGGUUCACAUCAUCUAUCUGGUGUGGAACAUCACUGCUGCAACAGCUGCGCGGCUUCCCUUCCAAGAGAAGAAGGCGGUGGUGCUGAUGGCGAGUCAGAAGACACUUCCUGUCGCCCUCGCUGUCGUGUUGUUCAUGAAGGAGGAUACGUGGGAUCAGGGCCUGCUGUCUGUGCCAUGCAUCUUGGCCCACAUGGUCCAGGUGCUGAUAGAUCUGGUGAUCGUAGCAAGGUGGGCAUCAAUGGCAGAUGGGCCUACGGUGUUGGAAUCUGUGGUCACCAGCGAUGGGUACGUUUCAGAGCACGGACCUGUGAAGGGGGAAAUCAAGGUGGUGGACAAUCCCCUUGCGGCCAAGGAGACGCCUAGGGACAAUGGGGACCAGGGCAGCUAUGGCAUAGUCACUGUGGUGGACAACGGCGAGCCAGCGGACAGCCCGGAACCCCACAGGUCGCUGCAGGCCAACAGCAUGAGCAGCGAAGAGAGCUUCAUGUCAGCGCGCACGGUCUUUUCGAAUGGGACCACGCACCCUGCCAAGGAGACGCCACGCAGUGAGCCUUCGUAG